UAUGCGCUGGAUACAGCAGACAGUAUGGCGGACAACGAGAGUGAUUUGGAAACAGACGGGCUUGAAUUAGCUCUGGACACGUUGUGUAUCAGACACUGCAGCGAUGAGUCGUCUCUGAACAGCAAAGACUACUGCUCUGAGUUUUGUGAGUUGGUUGAGGAGUACACAGGGCAAUGGCAAGUUCCUCUUCCUCAGCUGAAGGUGUUGCGGACUGCACUCAGCAAUUUUACCAAAGCCACUACUGCCUUCCCUGAUGACUGUCAGCAUAUCCACUACGUCCUCAGCAGUCUGGCCUUGAGCUUCUUUGAGCUGAUGCUCUUUUUCAGCAAGGAGGAAUUUGUGGAAGAGCCUUUAAAAGACAUCCUUGAUUCUUUUCAGGGGUGCCACUCUCAACUCCUGCGGCACAGGAACAUCUACCUUCAGCAUGUGAAGCAGAUUAUGAAAGUAGGAGGCCCUUGGGAAAAUCCAGUGCUGCAAGGAAUCCUAAAGGAAGCAGAUUUGCCAGCAAAUGAGGUGGAGGACUUCUUGAGCUCAGAAUUACCGGUGUUCUUGGAGCUGCGGGUUCGAUAUCUGCAAGCCUGCGAACGAAUGCAGGAGGCCAUGGCUUUGGCUAAAAGCUGUCUGGAAAAUCGUGAAGCUGGAAAGCAUCUGUACUUCCAUCAGGCCUACCUGACCUGCCUCUACAAGACCUCGCUGCAUGAAAACCUUCACAAGGAGAUGGCAGAGAUAGAUGGCCGUGAUGCAGUGGAGAUAAUCUGCAACACAGAAAGUGUUGAAAAAGAUGAGCUUUUGUUGUCGCUGUGUAAAGCUUUCCUUACCCAGCAACUUCACAACGGGGACAUGUACUACAUCUGGGACUUGGUGUUCAUCUGGAGCAGGUUGUAUCUCCGGGCUCAUCCCUCCAGACAAGGCUUCCUGACUGAGUGCUUGCAGCUUGCCUCCUCUGCUACUAAUGCCAGAGCCAUCUUCCCCUUCAUCAAACUGGUCACUACAGAGCUGGGUGGUGAAGGAGUCCAAGUCUGUGUGGAGCUUUGUGCCAGGGCCUUACAGCUGUGUGACAUGAAGGCAGACACUGUAACCCGGUCACUGGUCUGCAAGACCAUCGCGUUCCUUCUGCCUCAUGACCUGGAGAUCUGUCGAGCAUGUGCCCUGCUAGUCUUUUGCCAGGAACGAAGCCUGGAGGCAUAUCGAACUGUCUGCCUGCUUUACAUGCAUCCUGACCAGGAGCCACAUCCCCACAACAGCCCUGUCCGCACCAGUGUUCGCUUCCAUAUUCUGCAGAGGCUCAAGGAGCGCCUGUGUUUUGAUCCUGAAUUUUGGAACCUCCUGACUCUCAGGACUCAUUGUUUGGAGUUGAUGAGUGACAAGGUCAUGAAGGCUGCUGUUCUCAGUGAGAUGGAGGAGGAAGAGGAAAACGAAUUCAGUGAAGAGCUGCUAACAAAUAAUUGUAUAAAUGACUCUUGCACUCAAGGUUUCAAUUCAUGCCACUGCACUGCAGCUGCAUUUGUGAACCAAAACCUCCCAGAAGACCAAACUAUAGAUAGAAGGGCAAGAAAGUAUGUUUCUCCAUCAAAUAAUGCUCCUCUGAAGAGGAGGAAAUGGAGGAGAAAGUUGCGAAGGAGGAAACAGUCUAUAUCUGAUGAUGAGUUAGACGUCUGUGAUGAUCCAGAGAUCAGCUACAAUUUGGAAUCCACCUCUUGGAGUAAUAAGCCUGUGUACUCACUAAGACGCAAUCACACUAACAUGGAAACCACUCCUUCUGUAAAGCUCCCUCUGAACCGCAAAAGAGAAUACUUGUCUAGAUGUGUUAAGAGCCAAAUUUUGAAAAGGAAAGGUCGCAAGAAAAGAUGGCUACAAGGUCUUCCAAAACUGGACCCGGUACAGACUGUCAAAGAGAAAAAGGUCAAAGGUAGAGGGAGGAAACGGGGUCGGAAGCCUUUACCAAAACUGGAGCUCUCUUACCCUGAUAACGAAAUAUGCCUUACUGAGGAGGAGUCUGGUUUUGAGGAGAACACUGACACAGAGGACAACGAGCUGGAUAUGCCUCACCUGGAGAGGGAAAUUAAUAACCAGAGUGAACAGAAAGAGAUUCAGCUUGAACAUCUGAAUGACCCUGAGAGGGAGAAUGGAGAACACACUGGCAUCGUCUGUGGUAGCAGUCUCAGUGAACAAACCCAAGAGGAUUCUCAGACACACUUAGGGUACACGCUGUGUGAAGGUCCUCCUGGUGAGCUUCAAGCUGCUGUCGAAGCUAAUCCUGGGCUUGAUGGUCCUCUUUUAGAGUUAAUGGAUUGUCCAGUUGAACUGUUACACAAUUACUCCCUCAAAUCCAAAAAACUCGACUCUGAGAAACCGUCAGAAUCUACAGCAUCUGAGGAGCUUAAUGGCAACAUAGAACAGGAGCCCCAGCCAACGUUGGAAGCCAAAGUCCCAAACACCGCGGUGAAGAAAACAUGGAAGGACAGAGUACUCCGCACUCAACAGUAUGCCCAUUUGAUGUACCACUGCAACAUCUGCCACAAAGACUACAAGGGAUUGAAUGUUAUGAGGCAUGCUCUCUCUCAUCUAAAGAGCAGAAAACUAAGAUGCAUACUCUGUGGAAAACGCUUUAAACAGCUCCCUUUUGCCAAAAAGCACAUUCUGGAUCACAUUGAUGCAAUGUGUAAGCAGAAACCUCAUGACAAGGAGCAAUGCAGUGAGGUCACUACAGCCGCUAAUGGAGUAAUAGAUAAAGUGGAAAAUCAGCGUCAACCUCAGGAUGAAAAUCAGAGUUCUGUUUCUGAUAACGAAACUCCUGAGCAGAAACCUGGAAGCAAAAUGAAAGUGUCAAGCCUCAAGAGGGAAGAACGAAUCAUUAGGAACCUCCGUACACUCAUCAAAAAGACAUCUGUGCUUCACAAAAAAUGCAAGAACCCUGACAUGAAUAUAUUCAAGCAGGUAGACUUCAAGGAUGAGCAGGUAGUCAUCAAAGAUGGCCUGGUGAUUGUAAGAGAUCCAUCUGUGAUGGAGAAGGAGGGAGAAGAUGCGGGAAAAGAGAUGUCAGCGGGUGAAAAUGGUUAUGGUCUGGACAUCACGUAUCACUUGUGCCCGUCAGAGUCCUGUGAUAGAGUAUUCUUGAGGAUCAGCACCACACUGACAAAACACGCUAUCAAAUGCCAUAUUGAUGAAGAGAAGGUGCUGGAGAAGACUUAUGUUUGGGCCAAGCACAAGUGCUCCCUCUGCCUCAGGCAAACACAAUUUCUUCAACACUAUAAGGACCACAUGAAGCUUCACAAUACUCCUCUCCCGCACUUCUGCUACCAUCAGGAGUGUAACCAGCGCUUCUUGACACAGCAGGAAUUAAAGGACCACGUCGGUACCCACCAGCCCUUCAGACCUCAGUGUCCAUUCACAGACUGUGAGAAGCUUUUCUCAAGUCUUCAGGGCCUCUAUGACCAUGAAUGGAGACACUACAUCCCAGCUCCUCAGAAAGAGGAGCUAGAGUUGGGACCAAACAGACAGAUACAGCAAAGUGCUGAAGCUCCUUGGAAGCAAAGAGUGAAGGUGGAGGAGAUAUGGCUGCAGAAUAAAAAGGGGCAAAGGGACAGUCCCACUCGUGAUGUUGGGGCCUCUAAUGUUCAGGAUAUCAGGGGAAAGAGCAAAGCUGAAGGUCAGGCUUGUGAAGUUCCAGACAGUAGUCAGAAUCCAUCUAAAUCUGAUAAUUGUUCCAGUUAUGAGCACGCAGAUGAAAGCAAACCCGCCGUCAAUGGAUAUGAGGAUGUGACAAGAAAUCCUACUUCCCAUACAACCGCUGCUGCAGCAACCACUCCCAGUAAGAGGUGUCGAAAAAAAGCGCCCAUGGAGUGGGACCCUAUAAAUGUGCGAGAUGUUGAGGAUAUGUCCACUAUGGCUGAGGGGGUCCAGCAGAAUAUGGGAGAACCUCACAUCACUGAGCACAAAACCUUCAAGCCUGAAGAUCCCUCCUACGCACCUUUCGUCAAAGCCCCCUUCAUCCGGCCGCCACCCUCCACCUACCUGGAUGAGUCUCUGCUCUCAAUGCGCAAGAGGAGGUCCGUUGAUGAGGCUGCUCCCAGGAAAUAUGUCUACUGGAAUCAUAAGAAAAAGAAAGACCCUGCCCAAGAACAGGAGCAGCAGGUGGUGGAAGUGGCCCCUGAGCAGAAGAUCAGACAUCGCUGUGACAAAUGUCUUUCCUCCUUCAGCAGCUUAGAGGAAUUACAGAACCACCAAGCCCUUAACACCUGCUCUGCACUAUUUGGCUUCGAUUCGGACGAUGAGAGUUAGUAGUGUGUUAAGGGGAGCUGCAACGGGAAUGACCACCUGAUAAAGGAACGCUGGAGCUCUUUCUCAAUCCUCAGUUACAAUACUUAUAUGGUAUGUGUGCCAAAAUGUCUGAUUGGUUCUUAAAUAAUGGACGUUUUGAAGCAAUAAUUUUGAUACCAAGAACUACUAUAGUUUUGAACACAUUGUUUUUCCGGAAAACGUCAUCAUUGUGCGCUCUGUCAAGUCAAAAACAACCCUGUAACAAAUAUACACUAUAUUCUCCUAAAUCUAUGAGAAGUUAAUAUUUAUUCAGCCUUUCAAACAGAAUUAGUUACGAAAACAAAUUUAGUUUUCUCAGCAAAUCUAGAAGUAACUCUGAGGGGACAGAUAUGGCCCAAAAUAACUUACCUGGAAUAUAAGAAAACAAAACAGUUGUGUUCUGUGUACAAAUAGUUACAUAUAGCCACCUGUUACGCAUCAGUUAUCCAUUACCAUUCAACAUUUUAGUCAUUUUUUAGUCUUCUGUCAUAAGUUAUGCUCUACUUCUGCUUAAGUUAAACACUCUCCUAUGUUUCCUUGCAUUCAUUGAGCAAAUAAGCCACACAAUGCUUUAUUAGGUAUCAAUUGCAUCAUACACUAAGUAGGGGAAAUACAAUUCAAUGGAGAGAAUUCAAAACAAUAAGUAGAGGACUUCUUUGGAUCAUUUGCUUCAUGUGAUGAUGCAUAUUAUUAUUGUAUUUGUAUUAAUUGGAUACAAAUUGACAUCUAUUUUCAACCUGGUUUCUUUCACAGACAAGAACAAUUUAUUAUUUUAGUUGAAUAAUCUAAUCUAGAAAAAUUGGGUUCACACUGAGCGUCUGACUUUGAGUAAGGUUUUGUCCUGCCCCGCUAGCAAAACUUCUUGGUGGCAGAGUUUUCCCAUAUACGUCCCCCUUAGCUGUGGUGUUCAAAAAACAUGACUUCCUGUUCUUAGAGAAUUGAUUUUUACAUGCAGUGUAUGAUUGGCAGAUUGUACUGCAGUAGUCUUCCAAAUGAACGGUACACCACACAGAGCUGUGGGAUUGUAGAGAGGUUGUAUAAAACAGGUUUAUUAGAUAUGCAGCAGUGUAAUAUUGGAUAUCAGGUUGUGUGUCCUCUGUCAACAUUUCUAUGCUGUUAAAAUGUAUUCAAACUCAAAAGGAGGUGUUUUUAGCAUGAUUUGCUGCUGUUCCUGUAGGCAGGAUUGUGUUUUCCUUUGUUGACCUGUCUUCUGGUCACGGUAUGACAACAAUCAUGUACUCAUUAGGGCCGUGACCAACACGUCUGAAACCAUGUAAAUCUCCCUUCAUACUGUCAAACUAAUUCUCUGUACAGUAAAUGAAGUAUUUACCAUUUUAUUAGUGCCAAGACUGAAUCAGUGUUCAGGCUGUAGGAAGAUACACUAAAAUCAGUAACACAGUACCAGUUUUUCCAUUUUUACGUGAGCCAGUUUAACGCAAUGAUUGUAUAUUUCAUGAUGUAGAAUAUUUCACGUUGGUCGUUAGGUAUGAACUUUUCAAAUGUCCGGUCUGUUUAAUAACUUUUUAAUGUAAUGUUUUUAUGGGACAGUGUACCUAAACCUGCUUAUUUAUAUGUACAAAUGUCAAUAGAUUGGAUUUGUAAAGGCAAUGAUGAUUCCUCGUCUAUUUUUCUUAAAGAAAAAGUGCUAAAAUUUGUUUGAAUAAACAAAUGAAACAAAACUAAACUUCUAUUGUCAUGAAUGAUAGUUAUAUUACUGGUUUAUGAUUUUUUUUGUAACAUUAUUGACAUGCAUGAACAACCCCAAACAGAUUUGCUGUGUCACACAUGCAGAGAUGGUAAAACAGAGAGCCGACUCAAUAUAUACUUUUAAUUCAGCAUUGCAUAUUUACUAGUCAUGAACAUAUUGCUUAACCCCAGGAAAGAGGAAAAUAGAAUGAUUAUAAUAGAAUUGCUUGUUUAAAAAAGUUUUUGCAUCACAUUUUCCUGAUACAUGAGGUAAAUUUUUGAAAAAAAGUACAGGGAGCAUCAAUAUACGUAAAUAAAAUCCUUUUGUUCUGUUCA